UACUCAUGUGUCGAUGAUGGUGUCUGAUUGAUGUUUUGUGUGUCUACCUGCGAUUUUGAGCUCCGUUUUGAUUAGCGACAACGAGGGACGUUCUAUCUAGUAGUCGUCCGCUCUGCGACCGGCUCUCCUAUCAUUUCCUCUUUGUUGGGCGUUUCCUGCGCUUUUUCAAGCUUCUGUCUAUCGCCAACUCGUCCAUCGUAGGAUAAACAACAAACAACAUGGGGGAUUUUGAUAUGGACAUGCUGCGUCGCAAAGUCGCCGAAGGUUUCGCGGAAGGAGAAAGGGUCAUCGAGGUACCGAGAAAAAGUGGCAUACCACUAAAGAUUGCGAUCGAUUUUAAUGGCUUUGCUGUGGAAGAGGAAGAUGACGGUGGCAGGAAGCUGGAUAAUUAUGAAGUUGCUCAAAGGUAUUAUCGUCUGAAACGAAGUCAACGCGAUUAUUUGUUGCAUGUCGCUAAAGUGCAUCUUCUGUCACCACUCCUGUUUGGUCAGAUCAAGUAUGCAGAGAAGUGGGAAAAGUUUGCAAGGCAAGUUGAUGUGCUACCAGCCAUGGGUAACGUGAAAAUUGAGAAGGAGCUUACACCGAGGGUGUUAGAGAGUUUGGACGAUCUUGAGUAUUCGUUUGACUGGUUCAAGAAGAAAGUGGAAAUGGGUGACAUUGCGACCUUUGAGAAAAUACUGACUUCAAUGGCAAUUGUUGGAAAGAUGACAAAUCACCAUACUACUGUACAGGCUUCUCUUCAACAUGACAUUCUUGUUAAAUGUGUGGCAGAUUUGAGAUCGAGACGAAAAGGGAGUGAGCAGCGGGCAAUAAUAUACUAUAGAACUGUAACACUGAUGAGUGCCAAAAUGAUAUGUUAUCUCGUCAAGAUGUUGUUCAAACAACGUAAAGACAUUCCCCGAGAGUUCAAGGCGUCAUGCGAAAGAGAUUCAGAUAACAGUCAGCUGAUGAAGGAAGACGGAAAUAAGAGAUUUACGGAUGGAGAUUACAGACUUGCUGUUCAUCAUUACACACUUGCUGUAGGCAAGGACCCUUUUAAUCCUUUGUUGUAUGGAAACAGAGCUCUCUGCUACUUGAAGAUGGGAGAAUACAAGUCAGCUCUGGCGGAUGGUAAACGUUGCAUUGUGGCGAAACCGGAAUGGGAUAAGGGUCAGCACAGGUAUGCUCAGGCAUUGUUUGAGCUUGGUCACUAUCGCGAGGCAAGGAAGGCCAACAACACUGCUUUGAAGUAUUGUAGUAGCAGCAAGAUAUUGGAGGAACAACGAAUAGUUUUUCAGGAGACGAUGAGUGGAGAAUCAAGACGGCCUCAGCCUGCUAGCCGAUCGAAAUCAAAAUCAUCUAAGAAAAGCAAGAUAAAACACCAUGGCAGCUCUACAGACACUGAAGCAUCAUCAAGUGAAAAACGUGACGAGUCUCGGGAUCGUUUGAUCAAAGAAAAGCGAAUGACUUUUUCUCCCGCCCCGGAAAGAGAAAUGGUUCAUUACACCAGUCACGAGGAUUCGCUUGACUAUCCUGCUGCAUCUAAAUUAGAUUAUUACAUGAAAAGAGAGUCAUCACCAGUACAGUCACAGAAGACAGUAGAUGAAGCUUUUCCUGACGAUUUGCCCGAGCUUGUGUCAAGUGCUGGUGAAUCUGGCAGUGGUGACGAUGACACAGACGAUCAAGAUUACACCACAGCGGCGGAAAGCGAGGACAAGUCUCAGGCAUCAAAGAAAGGAAACAAACCUCAGGAGUCCGAGGAUUCGAUGCCAGAGUUGGUUGAGAGCUCAGGAUUUGAAGAAGACGAGGAAGACGGACAGUCGUCAGACAGCGCGAUUCCAGGUCUUGUGGACGAUGAGAGUGAAUCGUCGGACGGACAGCGUCUUAGGAUUCAAAGAAGACGAAGACAAACGAGAGUGCGCGAUCGAGAUAGUGAAGAAGCGAAGGAGGAGGCUCGUCGUAUGGAAGCUGAAUCAAAACGUAAGCGAAUCGAGGCAAUCGUUCGAAGAGCUCGUAAGAAAAUGGAACGUGAGGAGAAGAAACAGGAAGAAGCAAGGCGGAUGAAGGAAGUCAUGCGGGCUGAAAGGAAACGUCGUAUCGAGUCGGAAAGCCUUUCUCUGUUGUCUCAGGAUCAUCGUUCGUCCGACAAAUGGGUUGACGAGAGUGUAACGUUGGAAACUUUAGGGGAGAAAAACACUCGAUGGGAUAACAUGAGAGAGAAGCUUGUUUGGGCUACUCGAGAACAUCUUGAUGGCAGAAGCAAACAAGCUUCCCUUCUGUUUAAAGACGCGCUUACACGAGUUCAGACUGAACGUGCUGAAUAUCAAGACAACUUCACUGAUACAGAUCAUGCUGUUUUGUACUAUGCUCUCGGCGUUUCAUUGCUCGAAUCAGGCAGCUUAACAGAGAUUCAAGACGCCACCAUCAACUUUGAAAAAAUUCUUAAAACUUGGGAAUACUUACCAUUUCCUCUUGCAUACUAUGGACUUGGCAGAUCGCUCAUCAAGCAAAAUCGCUUUACAGAAGCUUUGGAGCCAUUGAACAGAGGACUGAGUGUAUUGAAUUUCAGAAGUGACUGGAAGCCUCUCAGUUGGCCGGGUUCGCCAACCGUCAUUAUAGAAGAGAGUGAACCAAACAUGAUACGACUCUACUUUAACGAUUUGGUGAUCCUGUGUACUCAUCCUCCCAAGCCGGAUGCGAUAGACAAGUUUUCUGAUCACACAGGAAAACGAGAGAUCUACUUUACAGACCCAGACUUUAAGGGAUUUGUGCGUAUUGUGUGUACUGAUGGAUGCCGGCUCGAAUACUUUCCCAACAAUUGGAAGAAAGUGAAAUCGAAAUAUGUGGAUCGAUCGACCGAGAAGGAUUUUUUGUUGAAGCAGUGUUUGACACCAGACUGUCCAGGUCUAAUUGAGUUGAUUCAGGUAUUUGAUCACGACUCGACGCCACACACUCCCAAGAAGAGGUACAGCACAAAUACAGAGAAUUUGAAGAACACCAAGGCUAGAACGAAGGGAUCCAAGGCAUCAAGGAAAUUGGAGAAAAGGCAGUUUCGUAUGAAGAAGGAUCUGAGUGAGAUGAAGGCAUCAGAAGCAGAUCUUAUCGAUGAUUUUCCAUCUAUUAUUGAUUAUAUGGAGUCGACGAGUGAGCCAACGUCGCUUACUGUUAGCGAGUUGGAAAUCGGGAGUGUCGAGCAGCAAGUGGAAACAGCGUCGCAAGAGCCACCUCAAAUAGAAAACACAUACGUAUUGAAGAAGGCCGACGACGAAUAUUUGCGUGUGAAACAAGCAGAAAAACAGAUCAAACCUAAGAAAAAGCGAGUCAAGAACGUACAGCGAAUCGACAUUCCCCAAGAAAGCUACUCUCAUUCACGAGCUCUCGCCGUUGAUCACGAACUGAACAGUGAGGAUGUAGAGGCACCGUUUACGAUUCCGUUUCACCUUUUAGAGCAAGUGCAUGCGUUUGAAGCCGGACUGGAUAUUUCUGAAUUGGACUUUGAGUCUCCAUCAUUGAGCUCCAUGGAGUCAAACAGAACGAAGAAGUCGUCAGGUGCGAAUCCGGUGGAAAUACAGUCAUCAGCUAGUACGACGUUGGAUGAGUUUGAAGGUGACCCAGAGAAACAGCACGCAAUGAAGGAGAACGUUUGGUCCUUUUUCGUCGAGAUAUUGCGGCAGGAAGGACCUUUACAAUCCAACGAUCGUCGUAUACAGGAGUCAUACGGACUGCUUCCUCAAGAUAUACAGAGGUACAUUGCAUAUCAUGGUGGACUGAGGAAUUUCUUAGCCGAGAGCAGCGAAAUAGAGACUGCAGGAGAGCGCCUGUUUUUGGCUGAAGAUGCAGAAGCUGUCAAACUGUCGCUGCCGGGCAUGAACUCGUGUUCUGAUGAUUUUCAGGUCUCUGGGUUUGAUACUAAGCCUCCAGAAGUACUGAGGAAAUCUCCAGCAAUAGAGACUUUGUCACCACCAGAGUCUGUAUCUUUGUCAGAGAAUGUGUUGACAUCAGAGUUUGUGGCAAUGUCUGAGCCUGCGAUACCAUCAGAGUCUUUGACACCAUCAGAGUUUGUAACACAAUCAGAGAAUGUGCCAACAUCAGAGCCUGUGCCACUAUCAGAGUCUGCAACACCAUUAGAACUUAUGAAACCAUCAGAGUCGGUGCCAUUGGUAGAAUUGUUUCCAUCUAACGAGUCAACAUUUAUAACAUCAGAGAUUGUGCUACCAGACCAAUCAGAAUCUGUAACACCUGAGUCUGCAUCAAUGGAGCAGUCAAAAGUUGUGAAAGCUACAAACUCUGACCUCUUGGAUGGUGCUUCUGCUGCAGCCUCAGUGGCUGUUGGAAGUGCUGCAAAUGAAGAUCAUUCUGUGAAUGAAGAUCAUUCUGUGAAUGAAGAUCAUUUGACUGUAGAAUUGAAGUCCAACUAUCUUAUGGAGGACUCGAUGGGUUUCAUGUCAUCGUUUUAUUCGUUGAGCAGCAAGGGGUUGGACAAUUUUGAGGCGUCAUCUGUGUGGUCUAUACCACUAUCUUCAUCUAGUUCAUUGCCAUCUAUGUCGUCUUGUUAUGGAGAGACAGAGAGUACUCAAUGCAGAGAUGAGACGCUGAACAAAGAACGUUUAAAAGACAUGGAAAUGCCUUCUGGUAAAAUGGGAUCGUCUGAUUUUGAAGCUGCCGUGUCGGAGACGUUUUGGCGUGAGAUAGAACGUUCAAGUGAGAGGGAAGUGUAUGGACAACGAAAUACAGAAACUGUUGAGUCAUCAGAGCCGUUGACAUCUGGAAAUGACACAGGAAAGGAGAUCAAAGGGAGGCAGAACGAGUUACCAAGAAGUCAUUCACGUUUCCUCUCAUACUUUGAUAGGGAUUCCAGUGAAAGUACAAAACAGGACAGCGAGAUAGCACCUGUGAAGGAUCAUAUGGCAAAGGAACAGGUGCACAAAGAACAACCAGAAUUGAAGAAAGAGGAAAAAGAAGAAAAGCGUCCUGUACGUAACUUUGGCAUCCAGGUCGAAGUGAAAACAAAAACUAAAGAAUCUCAAACAUCGAGAGAACUUUUCUAUAGCAAGUUUGACAAGUUGGAGAAGGAAAAGGCGCGUUUAGAGAAGGAGCUUCGUGUUUUGAACCACCAAUUGGAGGAAUUGAGGGACCGCAUGGUGCAACAGCAGAAGAAACAUCAGCUGGACUUAGAGAGAGAGCAGAAGAAGGCGACGGAAGCUUUAAACAUUGGGAAGAAAUCUGUGCAGGGUGAAGUCGACGAUUUGAAGAUGAAGUUGGAGGUGGAGGUGAAACGUUUUACGCAAGAGAAGAAAGAAAGACUAGAACAGGUCAAACUGUUGAAGAACAAGAUCAAGUUAUUGGAGGAUGAAGAGAAAAAACAAGCGAGGGCCAGAAAGGAAUUAGAAAUGAUGAUCACAGAACUUCGAGAAGAAACAACAGAGGAAAAGAUUAAGUAUGAGCUCGAAGUUGCUCGAUUUCAGCACAGAGAAAAGGAUUUACAAACAACAGCUAGACAUGCAAUCAAGCGGGCAGAGAAAGCUGAGAUUCAAGUGCUAGAGCUACAACGAGAAAAGGUUAUCACUCACUUGGAGUUGAGCAAACGGGAUGCCGACGUUGCCAUCAUGCAGCUGUCUCAGAUGAUCAUGGCCAAUCCUCACUGUGCUCCAGUGGUUCGUGACGCGUUGACUCAGUGGCAGAGCUAUCUAGCUCGUCUGGUGCCUGUCAUUGACGAACACAAAGUUGCGUUUGAUGAUCGCAUCCAGUCGGUUCAGAAUGGUCGAGACAUGAACCUCCUGCCACCGGUCAACAUAGCCAUACCCAUACGUCCGUCUAUAAACUUGAAUGCUCAGCUGAUAGCCCAACAACAAGUCAUGCAGAUUCAGCAACAGCAGCAGCAGCAACAACAACAACUACAACAACAGCAGCAGCAACUACAGCAACAGCAGCAGCAGCAGCAACUACAACAACAGCAGCAGCAGCAGCAACUACAACAACAGCAGCAGCAGCAGCAACUACAGCAGCAACAUCAGCAGCUGCAACAACAACAGCAGCAGCUGCAACAACAGGAGCAACAGCAGGAGCAACAACAGGAGCAGCCACUCACUUUGCAGCAGGUCGAAAGUCAACUCAUGUCACAGGACCCAAUCACUCAAUCUAGGCCAAGCGUAGUGUCCGCAGCUUCUCUCUAUUCAGCAAAUGCAGGAGUCUCACAAUCUGAGCCGUUACCUGUGUCAGCUGAAGCCCUUUCCUCUCGGGCUUCUUCAUCACCCGUUCCACCUCAGGCUGACCGACCAACAGCUGAAGCUCAAACUUCCGUUGCUGCCACUGCUCAGCUUCCCACGCAUGUCGAUCCGCAGCAGGUGCAGAUUUCAUUACAGCAGACCACUCACCGACCACAAAAGCCUGUCAGUUAUGAGAAAAUACUAAGAAGGCUGUGGGCCAAGUUUCCGUCUGCUACGAGAUCUGAACUGAUUGAUACAAUCAGGCAAGUUAGAGAGGACCACGGUAAUACGUUGCUUGGUAUGACACUGGAGGACGUCGUUGCUCAUGCAACUAGACUGAUAGCCGCUCGCAAUAAGGAAAAGGCCACCAAAGCUGCAAUGGCAUUGCGUGGUACUAAAAAGGUUACAUCCGUGUUAAAGCCAGCGGUCAGCACAGCUCUUAAGUCUGCAAAGAGCGGGGAAAUCGAAGACGACGAAAUGUGUGUCAUCUGUCAUGAGGCGAUGUAUCCCAGCGACUUGACAGUAUUGGAAUGCAAGCACAAGUUCCAUCUUGGGUGUAUCCGCAAGUGGCUGACCGAGCAGAGCACUUGUCCAACCUGCCGUGUCCAUUCACUGUUGCCAGAUGAGUACCCAUCUCUUUAGUUGACAAGAUAGUUGUGUGUGUGUGUGACAGAAUUCAGAUGACUAAUCAGUAGUCGUGUGUUGUUGUUGUAUUGUCCUGUAGCUUUUGUUGAUAGACUUAAACUCAUCUAGUCUUUGUUAUUGUGGGAUAGUAGUGUGUGAUGUGUCUGUCGGGUUAGAAAACGAUGGCCACUGUUGGUGGUCUGCUUUGUGCUCAUUCAAUUGACUUGUGGUUCUUUUGAAA